GGCGGGGGCGGCUCCGGCGCUUCUCUCGGCAUUCCUCGCCUGCCGCGCUCGCCGACGCUCCGCCAUGCCCGCCGUCCUGCUCUUCUGGAGCCGCCUGGAGAGGAACAAGGAGUCCACGGCCGGCCCGGUCUCGGCCAUGGGGAAGGACUACUACAAGGCCCUGGGCAUCCAGUCGGGGGCCAACGAGGAUGAGAUCAAGAAGGCCUACCGCAAAAUGGCCCUGAAGUAUCACCCGGACAAGAACAAGGACCCCCACGCGGAGGACAAGUUCAAGGAGAUCGCCGAGGCUUACGACGUGCUGAGCGACCCCAAGAAACGGGCUGUUUACGACCAGUACGGAGAGGAGGGACUCAAAACGGGUGGGGGUCCCUCUGGCCCUUCUGGCAACACCUUCCACUACACCUUCCACGGAGACCCCCAUGCCACGUUCGCCUCCUUCUUUGGGGGCUCCAACCCCUUCGACAUCUUCUUCAGCAGCAGCCGGUCCAGGGUCUUCAACGGCUUCGACCACGAGGACAUGGAUGUGGACGACGACAGCGACGACCCCUUCAGCGCUUUCAGCCGCUUCGGUUUCAACGGUCUGAACGGGGUCCACCGGCGGCACCCGGAGCCCAUCCACAUGCGCCGGAAGGUGCAGGAUCCUCCCGUGGUCCACGAGCUGAAGGUUUCUCUGGAGGAGAUCUACCACGGGGCCACCAAGCGGAUGAAGAUCACCCGCCGGCGGCUGAACCCGGACGGGCGAACGAUGCGGACAGAGGACAAGAUCCUGAACAUCAUCAUCAAGCGGGGCUGGAAGGAAGGCACCAAGAUCACCUUCCCCAAGGAGGGAGACGCCACCCCUGAAAACAUCCCGGCUGACAUCGUCUUCGUCCUGAAGGACAAGCCACACGGCCACUUCCGGCGCGACGGGACAAACAUCAUCUACACGGCCAUGAUCAGUCUUAAAGAGGCCCUGUGCGGCUGUACCGUCAACAUCCCCACGGUGGACGGGCGCGUCAUCCCCUUGCCCUGCAGCGACAUCAUCAAGCCGGGCACCGUGAAGCGGCUGCGAGGGGAGGGGCUGCCUUUCCCCAAGGUGCCCUCCCAGCGCGGAGACUUGAUUGUGGAGUUCAAAGUCCGCUUCCCCGACAGAAUAGCCCCCCAGACCCGCCAAAUCCUUAAGCAACACCUGCCCUGCUCCUAGAGAUGCCAGGCCGGGCAUCGCCUGCCCACCUCACGCGCUCUCUCUCUCUCUCUGCCAGCCAGCUCGCUCUCUGAGUAGCAGCCACGCUUCAUGCUGUGCCACGUUGCACCUGGCCCUGGGGGCACCCUCCUGCCUCUGGCUGCGAGCCACGUCCUCCUCCUCCUGCGAGGGGUCCUCUCUGCCCCGACCCCCCUCCUCCUCUGGCAGCUUGGCUCUUCGAGAGGUCCCCGUUUUUGGAUCUGGUGUCCCUGCUUUGCGUGAGUCUCGGGGGGCCAAAGCCGGGGAGGGUCUCCCCAAAUUUUGCCAAGGACACCAGAGCCCUGUAAAUAGAAGCCCUUCCUCUUCUGCUUCCCUGCUGGCUCUGUCUGGAUUGUGCCUCCCCAGAGCAGCCGGUGGGGGCCAACCUCGUCCUACACGCCAGGAGCCGGAAUCCCCUUUCCUGUUUUGGGCACCGAGGAGGCCCCCCUCCGCGUCCCUCCCGUUUCUGUGCACACAGAGACCCUGCGAUGUUGGCCAGACAGACCACCUCCAGCAAGCGUUGGGGUCACAACAAGGACCCGCCAUUCAAGGGUGCUUCGGACUUUGUAUUCGAAUAGAACCUUCAUGAGGACUAACCUCUUCUCGGCUGUGUUGGCUUUUCAUCUGGAUCCUGGGGAAGGGCUGGCGGGAGUGGCCCCGGACGGCUCCCUGGGGAAGGGGAGAAGGAAGGUGGGCUGCCCGGAGGCUGGGAGGGGGUCUUGAUAUCGUCUGAUGCUGGUGGGGGGGGGAGGGGUGUUGUGUGUUUCCUGGGAGGUGGGCGAAGGGCUGUGGGCACCGGGGUGUGUGUGUCGAGAGGCCGCCUUUAUUUUCACUUUUCAGAGGGAGAAUUUUCAAGAAACGUUUCUUCAUCUUUUGACGAGGAUUAUGCUGUGUUUUGGGCCAGGGCUGGCAGGGG